AUUGUUUAAUUUUUUUACAAUAAAAUUAAGCCCUUGUUAUUCCUUAUUUAAACAUCCUUUUCACUUAUAUGCCUGAUUAUCGAAUGACUCUUAGCCGCGAUAGACUAGAAGAAUUUAAACGAAAUUCAGCUAUUAUUGAUUCUGAAGUGAAAAGGACAUUUCCAAUCAGCCAAGACGAAACAGCAGCAUAUUAUAACAGCCAAAGACCCACAAGUCAAUUCGAUAGUGCGCCAGAAUCUACUGGAGCAUUCUUCGCCAAGAUUGAAGAUAUCAAAUGGCUUAUUGGGAAAAUCAACGAAAAUGUGACCGAAAUAGAAUCAUUGCAUACCUCAUCACUUUCCACUAUUAAUGGAAAUAAAACCAUCGAAUGCAAUAAGCUUUUAGGAUCUCUAGUAAAUGAAACGAGUAAACUAAAUAAGGAAGUUAGAAGUAGCAUUAAAGAAACUGAGACUAACAACGCCAGGCUAUCGGUUGAUACGAGCGACAGAGAGAUGCGUGUAACUCAGUUAAACGCACUCAAGAAGAAGUUUGUAGAGACCAUCCAAAGGUAUCAAGACAUUGAACGUGCCUUCGAAAAAAAACAUAGACAACGUAUCGAAAGACAGAUUCUUAUUGUUAAGCCUGAAGCGACGGCUGAAGAAAUUGAAAUGGCCAUCGAUUCGGAUCAGGCACCACAAAUAUUUGCUCAUUCCCUUCUAAAUUCGAGUCGUACAGGCAAUGCAAGUCAAGUAUUGGAUGAAGUCCAGACCAGACAUAAAGAUAUUAAGAGAAUCGAGAAAACAAUUAUGGAACUUCACAAUUUGUUUGUAGACAUGCAAACAAUGGUAGAGUUGCAACAAGAGACGAUUAUACAUUUAGAAAAAGUGUCGGAAGGAGUUGUACACGAUUUAGAAAAAGGCACCAGACAUGUUGCAGUUACUGUGACUAGAGCAAAGAUUACCCGGAAGAGAAAAUGGUUUUGUUUCAUUCUGUUUUUGCUUAUACUGGUUAUAAUAGGAAUUUCAAUA